AAAGGGUCAUACACCAAGUACUAGAAAAGGUCGUUUGCUAAGUAUUCAAAGGAGUCAUUCACUAUCUAUUCGAGAUUCAAGAGGCUACUUGUCAUCUAUCAGGAAUCUAAGAGGUCAUGAUAAUAACCAUUCAUCAACCAUCAUAGACUCGAGAAGAUUUGGUAAUAACCGUUCGCCAAGAGGAUAUGAUAAUAUGAUCAAGGUCCUAAGUAAAGCCGUCAAUAUACUUACAGAAAAGGUUCGAAAUAUCAAGACAGCCUUUCAAUCAGAACUGGAAGAGUUGUUUCGAUUAACUCAAUAUAAUUGA